AUGAUCUCUUUCACCACUGCUUUUGUUGCUGCUACGCUUGCAGUUGGCGUCCUCGCCAGCCCUGCGGCAGCACCCGCCGCGCUUACCAAGCGCAAUACACCCAACUCAUCAGGCACGAACAACGGCUACUUCUACCAAUUCUGGGAUGAUGGCUCCAGUGGCACUACUACCUACACAAAUGGGCCUGCUGGCGAAUACUCCGUGAACUGGCAGAAUGUUGGUGAUUUUACCGCAGGUAAGGGCUGGUCACAGGCUGAGCCCAGGAAUAUCAGCUUCUCUGGUAGCGUCAACUGUGAGGGCAACUUCUACCUUGCUGUAUACACUUGGUCAACCCAAGGCGAGAACUAUAUUCUCGAGGACUACGGCACCUACAAUCCGUGCUCUGGUGGCACGAGUAAGGGCAGUCUUUACAGCGAUGGGAGCGAGUACCAAGUCUGCCUGGUCGACCGUGGCAACAACUACCUCCAGAACUGGUCUGUCCGCCAGAACAAGCGUUCCUCCGGCACUGUUACAACGGCAAACCACUACAAUUACUACCAGUCUCAGGGUAUGACCCACAACCCACUUAGCAGCGCUGUUUAUCAGAUUGUGUCGACCGAGGGGUACGGCAGCUCCGGCUCCGCUGACAUCACCGUGAGUUAG